UACGCGCCUCUCCGUGUGAACGUACGCUUACACCGCGCCCGGACAACAUGAGUUUAUAUAAUCAAGCGCGCCUGGUCCUAUACAAGCACGAUGCGAGCCCACCGGCCAAUGCAGUCCGCAUGGUCGGCGCCAUAUUGGGCCUGCAGUUCGACUACGAGGAGCCCAACUUGAUCAAAGGCGAGCACAAGUCGCCAGAGUUUAAGAAGAUCAACCCAAUGUCUACUAUACCGGUGCUGAAAGACGGAAACCUCGUUGUUUCAGAAAGUCACGCGAUAAUCCUGUACCUCCUGAACAAGUACGGUGUCGAACAUAAGGAGACACUCUACCCUCCUGACCCGGCCACGCGCGCCAUAGUCGACCAGUGCCUUUACUUCGACGCGGGCGUGCUCUUUUCAUACAUGCGAGCAGUUACUGUACCAACAUUCACGAGCACACUAGACGGUCCUACCGAAAAGCACAUAUCGGACAUAGAGGAGGGUUACUCUGUACUCGAGGCAUACUUGAGUCAACGGGCGUACGUGGCCGCGGACCGUCUGACUGUGGCGGACAUCUCUAUCGGGUCUACAGUCGCUGCGUUGCUGGGGAUCCACGCUUUGGACGCUAAUAAGUUCCCGAAGAUUAAGGCGUGGUUUGAUCGCCUGUCGGCAGAAAGCUACUUCAAGGAGGUCAACGCGCCGGGCGCCGCCUUAUUGGCCAAGUCGCUCAGAAACCUCUGGAGUUCCAGGCGUCCAUAGGCUACGGAGACUGCUUACCAUCAGGCGGGCCGUAUGCUUAUUGGCCACCGACGUAGUAUAAAAUAACACUACUGGAUGAAGAAUAAAAAAUAAAGAUAGAAACUGUUUUUAUUGUUUAUUUACUAUCUGUGACAUUUACAUUUGUGUUCGUCUUCUUCCUUUUACUUGUUGUAAAGUUGUUGCUGGUUGAGACUCGAGUCCUUUCAGUCCUC